CUUUUUGCUAGCUUCCAAGCUCGCCGAGCUGACACCUAGCGCUGCCUGACGUCAUACUAGCACUGCCUGACGUCAUACUAGCACGUUGGUAAAAGUAUACACAGUAAUGGCGUCUUACGGUUUAGUAUCAGCGGCUGUAGCUAUUAUUUCACAACUGCAAUCGCUAGAUUCGGAGUCUGAAGACGAUGAUUUAUUGUUAGAAUGUGCAAUGUCUGCAGUUGAAGCUGAGGUGAAUGCAUCUAGUGGCGAAAAAAGCAAGUCAGUCGAAAAAGUAAAAGGGUAUGUUGAGUACACUGUGCCAAGAUACCGAUCGAAGGAUUUUCAGGAACAUUUUCGAUUGAACAGAACAACUGUGGACAUUUUAAUAUCAAAAUUAGCACCCUUACUUAAUAGCAAACAGAAUUCAAGAGGACGAUGCCCAUUGACGGUGGAGAAAAAAAUAUUGUGCAGUCUCUACUUGUUAUCGAAUCAAGCUCCGUUCAGGUUAGCUGCGGAUCGAUUUAAUGUAUGCAGACAAACAGCUUGGAAAAUACUGCAUGAAUUUUCAUCUGCACUUUUGGACCUAAAUAAAAGUGAAGGCAUACUUUCUUGGCCAAACCAAGAGAAGGCUUUUAAAACAAGCGAUUAUUAUACGAAAAAGUUUGGUUUUCCUGGAGUGAUUGGAGUUGUAGAUGGUAAACAUAUGGCUAUUAAAGCCCCCAGGAAUGAUCAUUCAUCCUAUUAUAAUAGGAAACAAUUUUAUUCUGUCAUCCUCCAGGCUGUAUGCAACGAGAAGUUGCUAUUCACAGAUUGUUACGUAGGAGAGGCAGGAUCAGUUCACGAUGCCUGUGUCUAUCGUCGAUCCACAUUAUCUAAAAGAAUUGAUGAAGGUGUAGGAUUUCCGAUAGAUACUCACCUCCUUGGUGAUGCAGCCUACCCCUUAAACAAAUACUUAUUAACACCAUACCGAGACAAUGGCCAUUUAACUGAAAUUCAGUCAUACUUUAAUACUAAGCUUUCCAAAUGCAGAAGCUCAAUUGAAAGAACAUUUGGGUUGUUUGUUGGUCGGUUCAGACGCUUCAAACUUCUCGACAUGCAUCGAUUGGACUUAAUGGUAAUGCUCAUUAUGGCAGGAUGCAUUCUCCACAACUUUUCUAUUUUAGAAGGAGAUGAACUUAAUAUUGAAGAGGAAAGAUUAGUUGGAGUGCCAGUAGAAAUUGAAAAUGUCCAAGCAAGAAGAGAGGCACAAAAUAAGCGUAAUGAUUUGGCUAACACUCUUUUUGCAAGGCGAAUACAGCAUUAAUUUAAUAACAUAAAUGCUAAAAAUGUAUUAAUUUUUUAAAUAAUAAAUUCAUUAUUUUAUAUCACUUCUUGUGUUUAUAUGAAGUGUUUGUUGCCCGAACAAAAAUCUUUCAUGAAAGUGUUAUCCGAUCAAUCACUGUAUAACUUUUUGUAUGUAUUGAUAUAUGUGUUAUAUAACUUUCUGUAAUAUAUAUCUUUUCUGUAUAUAACUUUUUGUAUAUAUAUAUCAAAUAUUAAGUAAUU